CAGAGAGGAGAGGUUCCUGAGCUUGUUUUUGUUUUGUUUUGUUGCCGGAGGUGGGGGUCCACACGUACAGGGGGCAGCAUUAUUGGACUCAAAGGAUUUUUGCCUGCGAGAGGUCUCCUUGUGGAAUGCCACAGCAACUGUGAGGACAAGACAGAGACAAAGGGGAGGGAAGAGAUAAGUGUCAAUCUGUUGAGACUUGUUUGGGAAUUUGAGGAAGGAGGGGAGGUGGGGGGAGAGACAGCGAGAGACAGCGAGAGGCAGCAAGAAGGAAAAAAGAAAGGAGAAUUCAGGCGUAAACAUGAAACUUUCAGAAGAGUACUAGCAACCGAGGAAGAAACAAAAAAAAGAGACUGAAAGCUGUUUGGAUUUAUUUGGAAAAACAAGCAGACAAUUGCUCCGUCAUCCUGAUAAUGUCAGCACAAGGAAAGAGUAUAUGUUGUGCAAUCCGGUGCUUUUGGGCUGAGCUGAAGCAAAGGAGAUAGACCACAUCUCCCCAAGGCACACCUUCAGACUAUCGACAAUGGACAAGCUUCUUUCUGGUGAAAAAUUCUCUCGGGACCACAGUCCUCUAUCAGGAAUGAGGGGAAUCUUCCACCGAGGAGAAAACAAUCAAAAUAAAACCAGGAGUAAGGAAACCGAAACCGAGAAAACAAGCGGCAAAAUGAGGGUUGGAGAAAUGGACGGCUUUGCCCAACCAUCAGAGAGAGACAGAGCUCCCUGUGUCAGAGAGGGAGAAAGAGAGUGGAGAGAUGGAGAGCGGAGGCAAGCCCAUGGCAUGGCUAAACACGGCAAGCCACAGUCAUCUGCAGAGAGGACACAGGCUGAAAAAGUAGGGAAAAAAGGAAAACAAUACAGUGAUACCGUUCCCAGAGUAGGAAAGGGAGACAGGGAUCAUGGCAGGAGAAUGAUGGGAGAGGAAGGAGGAGAAAGGAGGCAGAGGGACCGGCCCAGAAGAGAAACCAUUGAUGACUGGGAGAUGGAAAGAUGGAGGCACCAAGUAAAAGAGAGAGUGGAGAUCAAAAGCACAGCAAAUGAAGAAAGAAGACCACCAGAAGAUAUCAGAACACAAAAGAGGGAAAGAUAUAAGGUGUCCGGUGUUGAAUUUCAAGAGAGGGCAGCUGAUUCAUGGGAUAGCAGAGCUAGAGAUGCAGCAAGGACAUGUGAAACGCUCAGACCUGUCAAGGAUAUCAGGGAGUACAGAAGAUAUUCUCCACAAAGGACGCCAGAAAGAGAGGUCCACUCAGAAAGGAGAGAGAGAACGCCAAGGAGAGAUGCCAGAAGUGAAGGAGAUGUUGAUGAGAAAAAGUCGGAGAGAAGGGAACGAAUGAGGGACAGAGAUAGAGAGGAGGGGAUUCCUUUCAGCAGGGGUGAGGAGUUUCACAAGAGAAGAACACCACGGGACAGGGAUCAAGAUGGAUACCAGGAGAAAUGUAGAGAAGAAAGGUACAAGACAAGAGAAAUGGAUGACAGGCGCAGAGAUGGUAGGACAGAAGUGAAGUCCGUGGAGAGAGAGAAGGAAGGAUUGGGAGAGAUCGGAAGUGAUGGCAGGAGGGAUGAUGAUCGAUACAGAAAUGAGAGAAGAGACAGGGAUAGAAAAAAAAGGCAUGAAGAUGGAAGGGCAGGCAGGGGUAACAGGUCCAUGAGCGAUUCUUUUCCUCAGGUACCACCUCGAGCCCAGCGCAGCAGAGAGAGGAGCAGCGAGGGGGAUGGCAAGAUAAGGUACAAAAAAGACUUUGAUAGGGAACAAAGAAAAGAGGGGAGUGUUACAAAGAUACUCCAAAUAGAUCCAGGGCAAGCAGGUGAGAAAAGUGAAAUGCAACUUGCAAGAAACGAGACGUUAGGCAGAGAUGAAAUUACACCUUGUGCCUCAGACAAGACACAGAUGUGGUUAGAGCCUCACAGGGGCAAGACACAACCAAAGUACAAAGACGGGAGAAGAGUAGAUGAAAGAGAUAUAAAGUCACAGACAGGAGGGGAGAGAGAUGUGCGGCUGUUACACGAGGAUCAAGAUGAGAGGAACAAGACCCAGAGUAAAAGGCAUUUAGAGAGGAGAGAUAACAGUGAGGACUCUGAGGGAGAUGAGGAUGAAAUCUGGAGGGAACAGCUGUCUGACAGUGGUGAAAGAACAGAGGAACGCUGGAGGAGAGAACAUUUGUUGAAUAACACCCGUGAGAGUGGCACAGAGGAAGAGGAUGCAAGCGACUCUGGGAGUAGAGGGGGAAGUGAUGGCAGUGUUGGGGAUGAGAGGGAGCAGAAGUCUAGGAAUCGUGAGAAAUUGAGUAAACUAGAAAAUUCAAACAAAAGGGUAGAGGAAUCUAGAGCAGGGAAGGAGGAAGUGAUUAAUGUGGAGCAGCAAGGGAGGGUACAAAAGUCCUUCGGUGUGGUUGGGCAAACGUCUUCCCGCUCAGAAAGCAGUGAGUUGUCACUGUCACAAGAUGAAGAUAUGGGAGGAGCAGAAACAGUUGCUCACCAUGAGCGUGGUCAUGUGGACAAAUGUAAACCCCAGCACAACCUGCCACCGACACCAAGCAGAAGGAACAUGCAACCGCUUAUUGACAGUCAGGGCACAGGAAAUGGCUACAGCGCUCAAAUGGGGGAGUACCUCAAUUCAGAAGACCCAGCUGAGGGAGACGUUGGCUAUGUCACACUGGUGGACCUUCAAGACAUAGAAGUUGAAGAGAUAAUGAGAAAUGAUUCACAGCCCACUAACAUGUGGGGUAAGAAAAGAGACUCUAAGACUGAAAGACUCAUUGCAGAAUGGAGAGAGAAGAAUCAAAGAAAGGGGGAUCGUAGUCCAACUAACUCCCGUGCGGAUCUUUCUCCUCGUGGUAGUUUAGAGAAAAUUGAAUCUUUCCUACAAGAGAUAGACGCUCAGGCAAUGAGUCCAGAGGAGGUGGAGGCACUUCGGAUUGAACUGGGCAGGACAUGGAGCGAUUCUGAGGCGACCAAACGGUAUUCCAAACCACCCCACAUUAAAUGGGCCAAAAGUGUGUGUCGUGAGAUCCUCGGACACUCUGGAGAGAGUGAGGACCCAUACAUGGAGGUGGCAGAAAACCAGAGCGUCAAGCAGGCAGAGGACAACAAACAUCAAGAGGAGGCUGCUUGCAAGCGCUUACCUGCUCUGACUCUAACCACAGACGAUCAUCUAUCAGAGACAGAGCAGGAGGAAGAGGAGGAGGAGGACGACUUUGAUUACAAAGAUGAUAAUGACAUUCGGAGCAAAAGUUUGGGAGAGGGGGAACUACGAAAUGCUUUAAAGGGAUGUAGACUGACUAGGAAAUCAAGCUUUUACAAUCGUCCCCCGCUCUACCAGCAGUACAACGAGGAGUCGCAGAAUUUUGAGAUCCUGCGUCAGUCUCGCUCCGAUUCCAUCUCACCCUGCGAGGGUAACAGCCGGUCACCCUUGGCGUCACCUAUACCUGCCCGCAGACCCCUUCCUCCCUUACCGUCUGUCCCACACCCUCACUCCCUGUCCCACACGGGAUCCCUCAGCACUGCCCAGACGACGUUGUCUGUUCCUGAGCACCCUAGGUGUGAACGCAGAGCCUCCUCCCCAAGUCUGACUCUCUCACUCACGCAGUCAGCGCUGUGGCGGGACCUGCCUAGCGUUAGGAAUACCCCUGAGCUGGAGAAGCUCUCAGAAGAUCAGAGGCGACUGCAGGAGGUGAGAUUUGAAGUGGUGACCUCAGAGGCCUCCUACUGCAGAAGUUUGGACAUAGUUGUUGAACACUUCGUCAAGUCCAGCGAGCUAGACAAGCUGUUGACCAAUCAGGACAAGAACUGGCUGUUCUCCCGUCUGACUGAAGUUCGGGCCAUCAGCCGCAGAUUUUUAACAAAGCUGGAGGAACGCAUGGAAUUGGAUGUUUUGCACUUUACAGUAUGUGACAUAAUUGCUCAGCAUUGUCCCCGCUUCAAAAAGGUUUAUGUGCCCUACCUCACCAACCAGUCGUAUCAGGACGCCACCUACCAGCGACUCAUGAAUGACAAUCCUAACUUCAAGCGACUUGUGGACAACUUGGAGAGGAGUACUGUAUGUCAGAGGCUUCCUCUCCGUUCCUUCCUGGUGCUUCCCUUCCAAAGAAUCACCAGAAUUAAGCUGCUGGUCCAGAAUAUUCUAAAAAGAACAACUCCUGGAACGGUGGAGGCGGAAAACACUAUCAAAGCGUUAAGACGUUUAGAGAAGAUAAUUCAAGAGAGCAAUGACAGCAUCACUCAGAUGAAAAGCAUCGAGUCUUUGGUGUCUCUUAGUGGCAGAGUGGAAUUUGUAGACUGCAAGACUCUUCCUCUAAUCAGUCAGAAACGGCGGCUGAUACGAGAAGGUCCCGUCGCUGAACUGAUGGAUUUCUCUCUAAAGAAAUCAGAGAGAACCAUUUACUUACAUCUCUUCAAUGACUACUUGCUAGUCUCCCUACAAAAAGAAGGCGGGAGAUUUACCGUCAUUGACCACUGUCCUGUAGAGGAGCUGCGCACAGAGGACUUCACUGUCAAACGGAAGCUGUUCUCUGGACAGGAGAACAGCUUCCGCUUACACAUGUCGCAGAGGUCCCUUCUGCUAAGGACUGAGACACAGAGUGACAAGCUACGCUGGUUAUCUGCCCUCUCCAGGACCCAACCUGCAGUUGAUUUUUCUGCAUGGGAAUCGUCAGCACAGAUGCAGUGUAUCAGAGCUUACGUUGCCCAGCAGCCGGAUGAGCUGUCUAUGGAAAAAGCUGAUGUUAUUCUGGUUCACCAGGACAGCGCUGAUAAUUGGGUGCAGGGGACCAGGCUGCCUGACCUACAUUUCGGGUGGGUGCCCAAAUCCCACUUGAAAGCCAUAAGUAACGACGCCGUCAAGAAGCGCAACCUGUCGGAUGCUCUCACGCUGACACAGGCCACGGCUGCUGUCUGAGCACGAUGCUCAGUGUGGCAGUGGGCUGAGGGACGUUCUGACAGCAAGUUUCUUGGCUGUGUGCAUCUUACUACUGAAAAAUCUCUUCACUGAGAGCAAAGCGGAACCGGAGUCAAAUUCCUUGUUGUAUGAACCAACAUGGCAACAAAAGGUUAUUCUGAUCUCGAGACAUUUGUCUUCGUUAACUUCUCACAACAGUGCAUUGGCUAAAAAAAAGCCAGAAGAAUCCAUCAAAGUGUCGAAUUAGGUUUCACUAUGUGGAAUAACAAUAAAAGGGCCGGGGAGCCAUUCGCUUUUUAUACUCUCAAUGAUUUACUAUUCAGUGCAAAGUACUUUGCUGACAUUGAAGUUUCCAGUGUAAACAGACAUUUUAAGUGUUGUUGCUUUCUAUUUCCUUUUCUAUAAGAAAUAUUUUGGCAAGUGAAUACUUGUUUGUGUAUAUGAUGACCGAAAAAAUAAAAGUUUUUUAAAGGAAAAACAAA